GACCCCGGCGUGGGGAAGACCAGCCUGGUCAACCUCUUCGCCGGCGUCCAGGAGAGGGACCUGCUGGACCAGCACGGAGGGGCCGCGUACGAGCGCAGGCUGACCGUGGAUGGCGAGGAGACCACGCUGCUGGUGCUGGACACCUGGGAGCCAGAGCAGCGGGGUGAGGAGAGCCAGCGGCGUAGCCACUGCCUGCAGGUAGGGAACGCCUACAUCAUCGUGUACUCUGUCACUGACCGGGACAGCUUCGAGAGCGCCUCAGAGCUGCGCAUCCAACUGCGCCGCGCGCGCCAGGCUGAGGACAUCCCCAUCAUCCUGGUGGGGAACAAAACUGACCUGGUGCGGUGCCGAGAGGUGUCCGAGGAAGAGGGCCAGGCCUGUGCCGCUGUCUUCGACUGCAAGUUCAUUGAGACGUCAGCAGCUCUGCAGCACAACGUGGCUGAGCUCUUUGAGGGGGUGGUGCGGCAGAUCCGCCUGCGCCAAGGGGGCAAAAAGUCCCACCUGCACCCCACAACUAGUCAGAAGCACAAGGAGAGCCUCACCAGCAGAGCCCGGCACUUCCUCGAUAGGCUGGUGGCCAGGAACAGCAGCAAAGUGGCCCUCAAAGUCCGUUCCAAGUCCUGCCAUGACCUGUCUGUGCUCUGAAAGCCACGGUCCUGUCUCUCCGCACACUCCAGCUGGGACUCUGCUCUCUGCAGUGUGACCAGUGGCUCUGUGGAGAGCUCAGACAGGGCUGGAGUGAUGCUGAGGAUGUGGAACUGUUUUCACUGCUGAGGGAUGCAAGGGUGCUCUGGAUCUGGCCACUCUCCUCCAGGAGAGAAGAUAAAUGGGACCAGGUAUGUGGGGUGGAGGAUGGGAUGGGUACCUGCCCUUGGAGUGGUGAGAUUUUGGAUCACAGCUGCUCCUGCAGAGCUGAAGAUGAGGGGUAGCUGUGCCCCAGAGCAGGGCUGAAAGCUACCAGGAGUGUGGCAGGUCCUGCUUGCAAUGCUGUCCUUUGCAGAGCAGCAGGGACUGGCAAGGGCACCAUGGCAUUGUCCACCUUGGACAGCCUGGAGCCUGGGAAGAGGGGGUAGGGGAGCACCAGUGGCAUCACCUGGCACCCUGACUGUGCUGUGCCAGGGCUUUGUGCCAUGUCUCACUGGCACCAGUGCUUCUGUGCUCUCUCUGUACUGAUGUGAUGGGGAAACCCUUGAUCUGCAGAAUAAAUCCGUCAGGGAGGU